UUUUAAAGGUUUAGGUUAAUUUCUUUUGUAAAUAUCAUUUAUCUUUAGUGAUAUCUUAUUUUUUAAUAAUCUCUUUGAUUAAAUAUAAUAUAUUCUUGAUACACAAUAAAGUGAUAAACUUCAAGAUUUCGGGUAUUUUUUUAGUAAAAUUAUAGAUAUUUGAAAUAAUGGACGAGGAACAGGAAAAAGUCCUUAAAAAUAUAGACCAGAAAAAGAAAAAACGACGAAGAUUUAGAAAAUCAAAAAUAAGAGAUUCCGAUAAGGAUGUAGCUAGUAUAAGCAGAUAUUUUAAUAAUUUAUCAACUGGGAAAUUAGAAAGUUUAAUGAUACAAUCCACUGUUCAUGAUGAUGGGCAAGAAACUGACAAUAAAUCCAAUAUCACUUUUCAGUUUGAUAUUUAUCCUGUACAAAACAAGUUGAAAUAUUGUUACUUUAAGCAGCGAAAUAGACGACAGAAAUAUAUAAAUUUAAAGUCAUAUUUAGGUUCUGACAAGACUUAUAUUUUUGUAACUAAAAUCUUUUUAAAUCAAUAUAAUAGUCAAGUUGAGCAAAUAUUGGAGGAUAAUACAUCAGAGGUUGGUAAAAAUGUUAAAAAUAUGGAUAAUAAGUCGGGUCGUAGUAUAAAAAAAGAAAAACAUAAACAUAAGAAAACAGGGAGAAGAAAACUUAGUGAAGGUAAAUUUCCCAGUUAUUUAAAAGAGGAAGAAGUCUUAGAAGGUUUACAAAAUGGAAACUUAGUUAAAGGAUUUUUAAGAAUAAAUCCUAAAUCUGCACACAACGCUUAUGUUAGCAAUAAAGACAGUUCCAUAUCAGAUUAUUAUAUAAAAUCGCUUAUUGAUAGAAACAGGGCAUUAGAAGGAGAUGAAGUUGUGUUAAAAGUAAAACCUAAAAUAUAUUGGGAAGAGGGACAAAUAACUGCUACUGUUGUUUACAUAUUGAAUAAGGUGCACUCUAGAGUAGCUGUAGGAAACAUAAAGCCAAUAAAAGAUAAUAACGAAUUUGCUGCUUUUUUUCCUAGAGAUAAACGUUUGCCUUCUAUGGAUAUACCUUCUACAUGUUGGCCAAAUGGAUUUUUAAAUAAACCUGAUUUAUAUGCCAAUGUUUUAUUUUCUGUUAGAAUGACAGAAUGGAGCAUACCAAGCUAUGCAAUAGGAGUUAUUGAAGAAACCAUUGGAAUUAGUGGAGAUUUAAAGGUUGAAACACUAUCAAUUUUAAAAGAAUUUAAUUUGGAUAUUACACCUUUUAUAUUGGAGGAUAUUAAGGAGUAUCUACCUAUAUCUAAGACAAUCAAGCAAUUAGGCAACCGCGCUCAGCUGACUAAAGUUUCAGUUUAUAGACAAAACUCAAAUUAUAUUAUUUUUACUAGGGAAUUUAAUACAGACGAACUUCCACAAAUUCGAAAUAACUUUUCACCUAAAGAUCUUAGUAAAACAGUGAAUGUCCUUCAGAGAAUUGCAGUGAAUUUACGGGAGGCGAGAGUCAAAAAUGGUUCGUUGCGGAUUGAUCAAGUAAAAUUGCUUUUUAGCUUAAAUCCUCGAACGGGGGAGCCGAACGAUUUUAUUACUUAUGAAAACAAGGAAUCACACAGAUUGAUAGAAGAAUUUAUGCUACUUGCGAAUAUAUCUGUAGCGAAGAAGAUAUACGACUCUUUCCCUGACAUAGCAUUUUUAAGAUGUCACGAGCCUCCUAAGCAUUCUAUGUUAUUAGACGCACAAAGGUUACUGGAGCGUUAUGGAGUAUUAAUUGACAUUUCUUCAAGUGGCAAUAUAAAUAAUAGUUUUAAGAAAUAUAUUACGGCAGAUUUGGAAGGUUUGUAUCUUAAUACAGCUUUAGAUAAAACUCGUUUCUGCAGAGGCAUUGUUCUAAACCAUUUAUUUGCAAAGCCAAUGACAAGAGCAAAUUAUUUUUGUUCCUCUAUUAUGGACAACGAAAGUGAGUUUGCUCAUUAUGCAUUAAGCGUCCCACUAUAUACCCACUUCACUUCUCCUAUAAGAAGAUAUGCGGAUAUAAUGGUGCAUAGAUUGUUGGCAGCUAGUUUAGGUUAUUCGGAAAAGCCAAAAUGGGAAACGGAUCAUGUACAAAAAGUGGCUACAAACUGUAACGUACAAAAACAUAACGCUAAAAGAGCUGGAGAAGCAAGCAGUGAUUUAUAUUUGGCUUUUUAUGUGGACAAACAUCAACCAUAUAUCCAGAAUUGUGUUGUGAUUGAUGUCAAAGAUCGAUCUUUCGAUGUGAUAGUAUUAAAAACUGGUAGUACAGUGAGGGUACAUCAAAAUAAAUGCCAGAAUAACCCUGUUUGGAACUUGGAAGAAAUUCGUGCGGCCGACAUAAAUACUCAGAAGGGAAAGAAAGCAUUUAGGUUAGUAUUAAAAUACCCCCAAACAAGUGACGGUUUAGAAGAAAUGUUCAUCAUUGAAAUGUUUUCAAUUGUAAAAGUUAAACUAAAAAGAGUUCCUAAUUCAUAUAAGUUGGAGGGUUACCUAUUAAGACCAACUAUUAAGACAAAUUGAUCUUGUAUUUGUAUACAAAAUCUUUUCUUUUUUUGUUUGUUUUACGUGUAACAUACUGGGACAUACUGUUGAGUACACGAGUUUUUAUACACUCAGAUGCAAAAAAAAUGCAAUUGAAAAUUUUUUCGUCAAUUUUAAAGUGUUAUAUUUUUUUAUUUUCAUUGAGGACAAGCAAUUUUCCCAACUUCCUACUUUUUUUUAGAGGCCAUAAUACAUGUAAUAAUGUAUCGUGAUAGGAAUAAAAACCCUAGUUCAAAAAAAAUUGUUUUAUUAAUUUAAAACUUAAAUUUAACAUUAUUGAACAUUAUAACAUGCAUAAAUAAUUAUUGUUAUGACAACUCUAAAGUUAAAAUAAAAUCGUACCAUCCUUAAUAUUUUUAAUUUGGGAUUUAGAGGUCGCGUUGUCAUGACUAAUUUCCCAACUCAAUUAUACAUUGGGGGAGAGCAUCACCCCCCAUAGCUUCACUACUGAUACUAAGGGUCGGCAUUUCUGAUUUUCGGUGCCGAUUUUCGUGUGUACGAAGAGUACGGUCAACACGCUUAGUAAAAUAAGAUGUACUGAAUUAAAACAGAAGGCAAGUAUUUUUUCAAGCGCAUGGAAUCUAGCGUCAAAUUAAGUGAUUAUGUAAUAAAUACUUCGUAUAUUUGCUCUCUCCGACUUACUAGAUUGCCAUAGCGAUUCACUCGUAUAGGUACAUGUAAACGCCGACCCAAGGUUUCGCUUGCCAGCGGAGUAUAAAUAUAUCAGCUUUUGUUCUUAACUUCAAUUUUUAUAAACUUGCAUUUCAUAAACAAGUAUUGGGCUUUAUCAUGCAGGGUUUAUUGAAUGGUUGUUUUUUACCAUAAAUUUAAAACAUCCUGUGCAAUAAUUUCGUGAACAAAUUUUACUAAAACAUUAUUUUUCUGUCAGAACCGUGUCUCCUGAGCAUUUUUUUUUUGGAUCAUGUCAAUACAUGCCUUGGUUAAUUUUUAAGAGCAUAAUGCACUUGCCACCAACAAUUUGCAACUUUUUCAAUCAUCAUUUAAUUUUGAAGUUAUUUUUCAAUAUGACAAGACGGCUUUGGUGAUUAUUGUGAACUAUAUACUACUAUGAACUGCCCAUCAUGUUCGACGUUUUGGAAAUGCUUGGCAGAAUGGUUAGAGGUCGCGAAGCGGUACCAGCUUCAUUAAAUGAAUUUCGCUUGGUCCUUAAGAAUGGGAAAAUAUAACGCAAUAUGACAUAUGCAGCCUCAAUGACAGUAUGAACUUCUCUGGUAUGAACGCACGUAUACAGACAGCUAAGACAGCCAAGGGAAGCAAUACCAAGGGUAUUUUUUACGAGUUUUUUUUAUAUUUUUGUAUACUUGAGUAGUACAGAUGUUUUAUUUAAUAUCGUUAGUUCCGUUAUCGCUAUUAAUGUUUAUUAAAACUUUAUUUUUAUUAUUACUCUUUAACGUUUUUCUUAAUUUAGUAGAGUAUCUAAUGCAGCGUAAUAUGACGUUGUUACGACAAUAAUCACGAAAGCCAACUCGUCAUAUUGAAAAAUAACAUCAAAAAUUAAUAACUGAAAAAAUUGCGAGCAAAUUGUUGGUGUCAAGUUCAUUUCGCUCUUAAAAAUUAACCAAGGCAUGUGCUGACAUGAGAUAAAAAAACAAAACGCUUAGGAGACAUGAUUCUGACAGAAGAAUAACGUUUUAGGAAAAAUUGCUCACGAAAUUAUUGCACAGGGUGUUUUAAAGUUAUGGUAAGAAACUAUUCGAUAAUAAAGUCCAAUACUAAAGUUUACUCAAAACUGAGGCUAAGUUAAUUAAAAUUAAUACAUAUAUUUAUAUACAGUUUACCAAAAAAAUGAAAGUUGGGCUAAAAAUAAAAAAAAUAUAUCACUUGAGAAAAUGUUUUCCGUUGCGUUUUUUGAAUCUGAGUGUAUUAUGAAAAAUAUUUUUGGAUACUUUGUUUAAAAAGGUUUAAAUUGAGUAGUUUACUAGAACUUUUUAUAUUUUCCGGUAAUAUAUACAAAAUAUUUAAAAUUAAGUCUCUAAAAUAUCUUACAAUUGGUUUAUUUUUUUAACUUGGUAUUUACCAAAUUGUUUAAUUUUAUUAUUGUUUAAUCAUAAAGUAUCCCAAAAUAAAUACUCACACGCAAUUAUAAUUGUGUUCAUUGAAACAAUGUUGACUUGGAAAUUUAUAUUUUGAUAAUGAAUAAAUUUUAUAAAUAAAAUGCAUUUUUAUUUUCCUAGCCUAUUAUAUUACAAAUAUUUGGGAUUAAAAUUGAAAUUACAAUGAAAUAAACUAGUGACUGCAAUUACUGUUUUAUUCCUCAUAA